GCUGAAGUCUAACGCAUGCGCACAAGCUACGGUGUAGAGAAAUAUACAUCGAUAUCCGAGUGCUCCUCCCUGAAUCUUUCACUAUGACAGAUAAACAAAACAUACAGAAAAGCGUCAAAAUAGCUGCUGGAGCAGUUGUGUGUGUCGAAAGUGAAAUCAGAGGAGAUGUUACGAUUGGACCUAGGACAGUGGUCCACCCCAAAGCACGGAUCAUUGCUGAAGCCGGGCCCAUCGUGAUCGGGGAAGGGAACUUGAUAGAGGAGCAGGCUCUGAUUAUUAAUAGUUACCCAGAAAAUAUCACACCUGACUCUGAGGGAGUUGAACCAAAGACCAUGACCAUCGGUAUUAACAAUGUUUUCGAGGUUGGAUGUGUAUCUCAAGCCCUGAAAAUUGGGGACAACAACGUCAUCGAAUCUAAAGCUGACGUGGGUAGAAAUGUUAUCCUUACCAGUGGAUGCAUCAUCGGUGCAUUCUGCCAAGUUAACACCUGUGAGGUCAUCCCUGAUAACACGGUCCUCUAUGGCUCUGGGUGUCUGAGGAGGGUUCAAACUGAGAGACCGCAGCCCCAGACCCUCCAGUUGGACUUUUUGAUGAAGAUUCUGCCCAACUACCACCACUUAAAGAAAACCGUGAAGGCUAGCCAGAACCCUAGCUAAAACAAACUACUAGGAAUGUCGGAUCUAUUUAUAAAACUAUAACAGGCUUCUUAAAUUCCCCAAAGUGCAAAUGUAUAUAGUACUGAAAAUUCAGGCUGCUUUGGUAGUUGAUGCUCUCCUUUGUUAAUGCUAUAACAAAUAUUUUCUACUUGUUUGACUAGAAAUUUCUCUUCCAAUGCCUUAGAUUUUAUAUAUCUAAUUAAAUGCUUAAAAUUUGGUUUGGUUUUAUUUCAUAGAAAUAAAUUACUGCAGUUUAAGCUAUGAAGAGGUUAACGAAAGUUAAAGCACAUUUUCAAACAAUUAAGAUCCUAUUUUUGAAGGGUAACGGUACAGCUUGAAGUGUUACAUGUUGAAUAUAUCCUGGGUUGUAUGAGGGAGGUAAGUGGUGUUAUUAUUGGCUUCUUCAAACUGGUCAUGCAGUAAAAUGAAACAUAAGCCCAUAUGAGCAGUUGCCUUUAUCUGAAGCAUACAAAUUCAAAAAUGAAACAAAUGGUCAGUACUUAAGUGUAGUAUGCAGCAUACUUAAACUAGUUUUUACAAC